AUGCGAUUGGCGAAGUGGCUUGCGAUUCCUGCGAGUCGUUCCGCAAAACCUGGGCUUGGGAGGCGGCGGUUCUCCAGAGAUGUGCGCCUGCGAGAGUCUGGGCAGAGCCUCGGAAGCCGCAGCGCGGUGGCCUCCGCCGUCGCCGCUCUGCGCCGGACCGCCCGCUGGGAGCUGGCGCUGAAGCUUCUGGGAGAGAUGCCGGAGGCAUCGCUUCAGCCCGACACCGUGAACUUCAACGCGACGCUCCUGGUGUGCGCCUCCGCUUCCGCUUGGAACACUGCAGUGGCCUUACUCGGGGCCAUGCCCAGCAAGGAGGUGCUGCCCGACACAAGGAGCUACAACUCUGUGCUCGCUGCUUUGGAUCAUGCAGCAGAGGCUGGACAGGCUGUGCAGUGCAUGGCGCAGAUGCGUCUCUUACGAGUGCCACCAGAUGCUGCGAGCUACAGCAGUCUUAUGAGUGCCCUGACACGAUCUGGCGAGUGGCGGGCAGCGAUUCAGGUCUUCGCUGAGAUGAGGGUGCAACGAGAUGCGGUCUGCUUCAGUGUUGCCAUGGGUGCCUGCGAGAAGGCCAGCGAAUGGGCCAAGGCCCUGGAGCUCUUCCAGGCGCUGGCCCAGCAACGGCUCCGGCACGAUGCCGUGACCUUCGGCAAUGCCGUGUGUGCAAUGACCAAAGGGGGCCACUGGCUGGGCGUUUUGGAGCUCCUCCAGUGCAUGCAGAGCGAGGCGGUGAAGCUGGACACCGUGGUGUGCAACAGCGCUCUUACAGCUUGUGCGAACCACUCGCGCUGGCAGGAUGCCUUGCACUUGGUCAGCAUUAUGACCCAGCUCAAACUGGCAAAAACCACUGCCACCUGUAAUGCCACGAUUCGAUCCCUCGAGAAAGCUGGGGAGCACCGUCGAGCCGUGGAGGUUCUGUUGCACGAGUUUGCAUCAGAGGAUCCUCUGGAUCAGGGGUUUGCGCGCCCCAGCAUGUUCAGGAGCACGCGGCCGGUGAAGGUCACCGCGGCGCUGAAGGAGGCGCUGGCUGAGCGCCUGGAGCGGGCCUUGAGGCCGGGCGACUACCGAGCAGAGAGCCGUCGUGCAGCGGAGCCGCCGGAGCCACCGCGCCCUGUGGUGGCAGUGGAGGCAGCGGCCUUCGGGCCCGGUCCUGCCCCGGCAAGCGAGUGGUGCACGAUCCGGGCCCAGGAGGCUUUCGACGCUGUCCUGAAGCACCUCCGCCCUACCACGGAAGCUGCACUUCAAGAGGCUCAAGCUCUGGCACAAAAGUUGGAGGCGACCGUGCCCGCACACUAUGUGGACGUCAAGGUGAUGGUCUACGGAUCCGUGACCGGCCGCUUCGCGGCCCAGGACGCAGAUGCCGACUUUACUGUCCUCCUGCCCUGGGACGAAGCGGACUCUGGGGCCUUGCGAGCCUUCCAGCAGCGCGUUCUGGUGGAACUGAGGAGAGAGCUCCUGGCACGAGGGUGGCACGUCUCGACGGUGGGCCUGGGCGGGCGGGUGCCGGUGCUGACUUUCCACUGGGGUCCGGGCUUGAGCCGGACUGCCGAUGUCACUGUCAGAAAUUACCUCGGCCUCCACAAGAGCGCGCUUCUUCGAGAGUAUUCCUUGCUGGAUGAGCGCCUCUGCGAUCUGGUGGUUGCCGUCAAGCGCUGGGCUGAGCUGCGAGGCCUGAGCGGUCAGACUAGGGGCUACCCGGGCGGCUACUCCUGGAGCCUCCUGGCCCUCUCCUUUGCUCAGAGGGCCGCUCCGCCCCUGGUGCCUUCGCUGCAGGCCCUGGCUACGAAGAGACGGCUUUGGGAAGAGUCGGGGGAGUGCUACAACGUGGCCUGGGCAUCGGCUGCAGAUGCGGAGGUGAAGAAUUCAUCUGGGUCUCCCGAGCCCUGGACCUCGCCGGCGCUCCUGGAAGCCUUCUUCCGCUUCUUUGCAUACGGCUACGACUUCAAUGUCGAGGCCGCGUCGGUGCGUUUGGCCGAGCGUGCCCGGCGGAGCGUCGUCGGUCGCCCGGCUCUGGCCCUGGAAGACCCUCUGGAAACGGACUGGGACCUGGGCCGCCUACUGGACGAGCAGCGCCUGGCCCGACUCCGUGCGGAGCUGCGCCGCGCCGCCCGCCGGCUGCGUGGAGGUCCUUCGGAGUCCUCCCUGAAGGCAGUCUUCGCCCGACGUGGGCUCAGGUCGGAGGCGAGUCGGACCUGA